AUGGGAAGCGAAGCAAAGGUAUUUUCGGACGGCCGAAAUAAACACGAUAGCAUCACACCCGAUGAUCUCUUUACUGAGCUACAAAAUACUCAGCUAUCUAAAUAUCAAACUGAACUUGCCCAAAUUGAGGCCGAGAAAACCGAGCUUCUUCGUUCACUUGAGGAACUCCAGCGUGUCUUGGAGACAGCCACAAGUGAAAGUGCCAAUAAGCAGCAGCGAAUCAGUGAGCUGCAGGCUGAACUUGACAUAAUAAUGGAAGUGCAAAAGAAAGCAGAUGCCGACUUUGAAGCUGCUGAGGACGUUGCUGCUGUCGGUGGGGAGCCUACUGAUGCUCUCGAUACAGGUUUUCCAACUGACCUGUCCAUGACCGAUUCGAUGACCAAAUCGCAGAACAUGACUGAUGGUGGAAAAGAGGUUAAUCAUCUAAAACGAUCUCUGCGCCAGUACGAGAUACGCUACUCUGUUGCCUUGCGACAGCUGGCCAGUAUGCGGCACGACCUCUGGUUUUGCCAUGAGCGUGAAAAGCUCAAUAACAGGCCUGAUUUGGCAACCAACCAGGCCUUGAAGGAAGAAAUUCUUAAGCUGCAGCGCACUCUUGAUGAGCGAUCAGAUGAGAUUAAGGGGCUGCGCUGCGAGAUCACGAAGAAUCAAGAGUCAUUUGAUACAGAGAGCCUUAAAUUGGUGAUUCCCGCUUGCUAG